AUGAAUUACAGGUGGAGAUUGAGUGAGGUGUGUUCUGACAAGCCAGAGGACGAAUACGAGGAACGUUCAAAAUUCGAAGAGCGUUAUUACGCGCUGAUGGCGCAAGCGCGCAAUCUGCUGUGCAGCGAUGGUGCAGCAGAUGACGGCCGCUCUGUUGCAGGUUCGAUAUGCAAACAAGCAGGUCACCCCGAAAGCGAGUGUCGCAUGGGUCCAUGCCGUGAACGCGGCUGCACCGAGCGUCACAAUAGUCUGCUCCAUCGCCCAUCAUCCUCCUCAAGCCACCUCGCUCUCAUUGAUGAACAAGAUGAAAAUGAAAUUAUCGUUAACUAUUCUAAUCACAAUACAAAUCAGGUGUUAUUAUCUACUGCUAUCAUUGAAGUAUCGAAUCCAGUUGAUCAUCAAAAGGUCAAAGUUCGUGCUCUUUUAGAUUGCGGAAGCCAAUCGUCAUUUAUAUCUGAGUCCCUAAAGACCAGACUGUCAUUAAAGUCUCGCCACAUUGACACACUAAAGGUCAUUGGUGUAGGCAAUACUUCUUCAAUGAAUGUAAUUGAAAGUUGUAAUAUUCAAUUGAAAGCAACAAAUAGUAAUUUCAGUGCAAUGUUAUCGUGUUUUGUGUUAAAUGAGCUCACCGGUCGUUUACCAAAGACGCCGGUUGUCAUCAAGUCAAUUAAAUUACCAGAAAAUAUUCAGUUGGCUGACCCUAUAUUUUAUCAGCCAGCUCCCAUAGAUGUACUAAUAGGUGCUGAUCUCUUCUGGGACAUUCUAGGCAACGAACAACGUUCUCUAGGACCAAACAAUCCUAAGUUAAGGAGUUCACAGUUAGGUUGGAUAAUCUCUGGCCCUAUAAAUUCAGCAGUAUCUAUGAAUAGGAUACACUGUAAUCACGCCAUUGUCUCUUCAUCACAAAACGAAAAUAUAGAACAGUUAGUUUCUAAAUUUUGGGAGUUAGAAGAAGUUCCGAAAAAGUCAAUCAUAAGUGAAGAUGAAAGCGAGUGUGAAAGGCACUUUCUCGCUAAUACCAUUAGAGAUGAAGAAGCAUCCGAAUACACAGAAUUUAUAAGAGAAUAUGCAGAAUUAAGGCAUCUCUCUGUAUCUAAAUAUAAUAGUUCACCUGUCCCUCCCCCAGCGUACUACUUGUGUCAUCACGCGGUCAUACGUCAAGAGAGCGAGUCUACCAAGCUCCGUGUAGUAUUCGACGGCUCAGCCUAUAACGGAACUAACUUAGUAGCAGCCGCAAGGGAGUUACGAUCAUUUAUCAAGCAAAAUCAAAACUCUCUAUUUGAUUUUGCAAGUCAAAAAUCUGUCCAGUUUAAGUUUAUUUCGGCUUACUCGCCUCAUUUUGGUGGUAUAUGGGAAGCCGGCGUUAAGUCGGCUAAAUUCCACUUAAAACGCGUCGUUGGCAAUAGCCACCUUACUUUUGAGGAACUUAAUACUUUGUUUACACAAGUGGAGGCGAUUUUGAACAGCCGUCCCUUGUGUCCCCUAUCAUCCUCUCCUAAUGACCUCCUUUCCCUUUCCCCAGGACACUUCUUGAUCGGGAGACCGUUAACUGCUCCACCGUCGCAACAUUUGGGUGACUCUAAGGAAAGUACACUCCAACGCUAUGAACGCUUAGAAAAAAUGCAGCAACACUUCUGGCAAAGAUGGCAGCGUGAAUAUCUGUCUGAGAUGCAGCAGAGAACAAAAUGGAAAAGCAGUACAUCAAAGCUGGACAUAGGAGAUAUGGUACUCUUGGCAGAUGACAAUGCUCCUCCACUAUCUUGGAAGCUCGGGAGAGUACUACGCCUCAUCACAGGAUCCGAUGGAACAGCGAGAGUGGCAGACAUCACCACUAAUAAAGGCUGUGUGUGCCGAUCUCUAGCAAGGCUGUGCAAGCUGCCGACAGCCGAGGAACUUCAAGUUGAAAGUGUUCUUUCAACGGCCGGGAGGAUGUUCAGACUAGCGCCUGCACAAAUAUUGCGUCGGAGCACAGUCGCGCGAGAAUUGCCGUCGCACGCAUCAGGCGCUUGUGUAUUUUUUAUACAAAUCGGUCGCGAGUUUGUCACUUGUCCCGAGAUCAUUGUACCGUUAACAUCUAUUUUUUAA